AUGCUGGCCCUGCAGAAGAAGGGCUGGGAGUCCAUGGCCAAGGGGCUGGUGCUGGGCGCGCUCUUCACCAGCUUCCUGCUGCUGCUGUACUCCUACGCCGUCCCCCCGCUGCACGCCGGCCUGGCCUCCACGCAGACCCUGGAGGCCCCGGCGCCCUGCUCCCCGGGCCCGGAGGCGGAGGCGGAGGCCGGCCGUCGGGGCACCAACGGCUCGGGGGGCCGGUGCCGGCCCAGGCGCGACAUCGUGUUCGUGAAGACGCACAAGACGGCGGGCAGCACCCUGCUCAACAUCCUGUUCCGCUUCGGCCAGAAGCACGGGCUGCGCUUCGCCCUGCCGCGCGGCCGCAACGACUUCGGGUACCCGGCCUUCUUCGCGCGCCGCCGGGUGCGGGGCUACCGGCCCGGCGCCUGCUUCAACCUGGUGUGCGGGCACAUGCGCUUCCACUACGACGAGGUGCGCGGCCUGGUGGCCCCGGGCGCCGCCUUCAUCACCGUGCUGCGCGACCCCGCGCGCCUCUUCGAGUCCUCCUUCCACUACUUCGGGGCCGUCGUGCCGCUCACCUGGGCGCUCCCGGGCCGCGACAAGCUGGCCGAGUUCCUGAGGGACCCCGAUCGCUACUACGACCCCCGCGGCUACAACGCGCACUACCUGCGCAACCUGCUCUUCUUCGACCUGGGCUAUGACAGCGGCCUGGACCCGCGCAGCCCCCGCGUGCAGGAGCUCAUCCUGGAGGUGGACAGGCGCUUCCACCUGGUGCUGCUGCAGGAGUACUUCGACGAGUCCCUGGUCCUGCUCCGCCACCUGCUCUGCUGGGACCUGGACGACCUGCUCUACUUCAAGCUCAACGCCCGGCGGGACCCCGCCGCGCCCCGCCUCUCGGGGGACCUGUACCGCCGGGCCACCGCCUGGAACACGCUGGACGCCCGCCUCUACCGCCACUUCAACGCCAGCUUCUGGCGCAAGGUGGACGCCUUCGGCCGGGACCGCAUGGCCAGGGAGGUGACCGCCCUGCGCCUGGCCAACGAGCAGAUGCGGCUCAUCUGCAUAGACGGCGGCCGGGCCGUGGACGCCGCCGCCAUCCGCGACGCGGCCAUGCAGCCCUGGCAGCCCCUGGGCGCCAAGUCCAUCCUGGGCUACAACCUGAAGAAGCGCAUCGGCCAGCGACACGCGCAGCUCUGCCGCCGCAUGUCCACCCCCGAGAUCCAGUACCUGACCGACCUCGGGGCCGACCUGUGGGUCACCAACCUCUGGAAAGCCAUCCGGGACUUCCUGCGAUGGUGA